UUUCGCGUGUUUUGGGUAAAUAACACGAACUUUCAAUUUUGGUUUUUUAAUACAUAAACUAUCCAAUUUUUGCAAUAAUGACACCGGCUGUAAUUCCGGCUUCUGGAUGCUCAUGUGGCACCGCCCGCGACAAGCUGUCCCAACCCGUCCUUAAUAGCUGGCAGAACUCCUCCACGUCAACAAAACCACGCCGUUUUGGUCUCCAUAUUUCUUAAACGAAACUACGUCGUUUUACGCUAUCCUCAUCGUUUUAAUUUUUCACUUCUCUUCAUCGAUGCUCAGUCUUCAAUUUAGGGCAACUUCAUUUCUCAAGAGAGUUUAUAUUCCUUCUUCCCAUCUGGUUAGUGAAAUUAGGGUUAGCAAUGUCGAGUUUUGUUGAGGACCGGAAAAGAUUGUUCUGUACUCCGCGGCCGUCGGAUAUGCCUCCAUUCUCAAGAGGCACAAAUGAAACCUUCUCGUAUGCCUCGUCGUCAAGCUCCGUUCCUCAAAAGGAAUGCCAACAUGGGAGAGUGAAAUGUUACAUUUCCUAUGCAGAUGAAAAUCCAGGUAGAAGAUUUCUGAGAUGCUAUUACAGAAGGUUUGAUGAUUGCGACUACCUGGAGUGGGUUGACCCAGAAACUCCGAAGCAUUUGCGGAAGCUGCUUGUGAAAUUAAUGGACAAUAAGCAAGAUAUGGAAGGGGAAAUGACAGAAUUGAGGCAGAGUGAGAGGGACUUGGUUUACAAAGCUGAAGCCAGUUCCGCAGUUGUGAGAGCAUCCAAGGACAUUGUGAGUACCAUGUGUAUGCAGAUCAGAAAAGCUGAGAAGAUGAAUGAAGAGUUGCAGAGGGCAAAAGGUGAGCUAGUUGAGAUGAACAUGGUACUUGACAAGAAGGUGGAUAACUUGACUAAUGAGAGGGCAAAAUUAGUAGUCGAAAAUAAGAAGUUAAGGCUCAAAGUUAAGCAACUGCGAAAGGUUUGUUGGUUGCUUGGCAUCAUGUUGGGUGGGUUCGUGGCUUUCGCAGCGGCGAUGAAGUCGUUUUAACAAAUAUGUGUAAUGAUUAAGUCUUAGGUAUUUUGGUUAACUCUGAAUGUACUGUACCGAACUUCUGUACUGUCUGUUUUAUAUGUUGUGUUUUAUUUGAUGAACUCAGUUUGGAUUGUAA